GGACAGAUCGAUAGACCGGCCAGUGUGCUUGGUUGCUUGCUUGCGUGCGUGUCUGAGUGCGUGGGUGCGUGUUUGCCCGCUCGCGUGAAUCUGGACCGAAGACGAAGGAGUUCGGGGUGCGGCCGACAAUGGUGAAGGCCCCGACGAUGGGUCCGUCCGCUGCUAGCCAGGGGAUCAGGAAGAUACACCCGGGACCCGAAAUCGCGAUCAACCCCAGGGAUCUGCCGAAUGCGAACAUUACCACGACACCCAGCUUCCAAGCAGAUGGCAAGACCUCGGUCUAUCAUCCUCAGGUGGACGUCUCGACCCAGGUGGAUCUGCACGGCGGUUUCACGGCAACCACCGGCAACAUUAGCAUCGACUGGGAUCGCAGAGCGACUCCGCUCUACUCACGCGAGGACAUCAAGGAGCAGUAUUGCAUAACCAGUCGACAGUUGGACGCCGUGGAGAAAUCUGGAGGUGGUUUCUUCGGGUGUUUGUCGACGAGGGGACCCUCGCCUUGUAGCGCCGCUAGAACCUCGAUUCUUUCCGCUUGCGUUAGAAGCGUGCCAAGCGAUGAGAACCUCUGCGACGUACCGUACCCUCGGCGACCCCUGCAGAUCAUGUACCGACAACCGUACCCCACGUACUCGAGGGGGCUGUCACGGUAUGACUUCGAGGAUGAGGCUGACUGGAUCGAGAGUUCCUACUUCCGACGGCGACCUAGGUCGUUUUGCACCGUUCCUGACCCGAAAAGGUAUACGUGGCUUCCCGAGGAUGAAGAAUCGACGAAACUGGAAGGUCCCCGACCGGUUUUACCACCUGCACCCCCGCCCCCCUCGUCGCAAGCACCAAAAACGAAGCACGUGAGCUUCGCGAGAUCGCACACUCUAACAUCCUUCGAUGUUCCAAGGGGCAGAAGUCCUCCAAGACCACAACACCAGGAACGCCUUAUAGAUUCGCAACCGACAAUGCAAAACGCGAUGCUACCCUCGACUUUACCCUUGUUACGUCCCUAUGCACCUAGCGAGCCUCGUAUUCUUGUCCUUGAAAAGCCACCAAAAAGAGGCAUGAUGAAGACACAGGCUACCCAAACAGAGUUGCCAGCCGUGUUCCGACGUCGCAUCCCAGUGACCCUUAGCCCCAGGACGAUCCACCGGGUGAAGAUGGUCUCCCAGGGGGCUCAGACAAACGGGCUGUUCAAUGGCAGGAAAUUGACGAAAAGUUACUCGGAGGCUGGUCAACUGGGCACCCCGUUGGGCGGCGGUCAAGGCACACCGGGCAAAGAGGACACGGAACACGAACCUCUUCACAGAACGCAGAGCGAGGAACCACCCAGGUCACCCUUCCUUGUCGAUACGCCACCCCCUGGGGGACCCUGCACCACCCCCGCCACCGAAGAAGCUCUGACUAAUGGGGACAUCUCGGAACCUCUAACGAGUAUCCAUCAAGAUCAACGAAGGUCAAUCGAUUUAGACGACCAAGAGAUCCUCAUAGACUUUAAGCCCGCACCCGUGUCGCCGGAUGCUCGAGCUCUACUAAACCGGAUAUCCCAAUCGCCACGAAGGUUUCUGCCAUUACAGAAGACCUUUUCCGACGGGGAAAUCCGCGUGGAAAGGCGCGAGCUGGUCGGCGAGACCGGUGAACCAAGUUAUCCUCACACAUGCAGAAGAAAUCACCAGGACCCAUGGGGCAGGACCGUCAGAGCACCCGUCCAAUUCUCCUCGACGCCCGAGGACCUGUCCUUGCUCAGAGUCUCUUCGCCCCACGAGGAUCAUCCGGAAGAAGAGUUUCACGAGAAUCUCAUCCGGCGAGGACUGUUUCGCAAGAGGAGCGUAUCACUGGAGGAUGGCGUGCAAGGUUUAGUGUCCGAUGACUUUAUGUUACCGAGAUCGCUUCCAACAUCACCCACAUCACCGACGUCAGUAUCAGCACCAAGGAGGAUUUUACAAAGUCCCAAAGAUUAUGCGUCACCGACUCGUCCACUGCGACCAGUAUGUCCGUUACUUUUCAGUCCUGGUACCGGCAUUUCCGGUCUGAUCACGUCUCCGUUCGCUUCGAGCGAUUCGUUAACGAACGACGUCACGAGGGACCACAGCGAUGGAAUUUGGAACGAGUCGCAGGCGACGGUUCUUCAGGCCGACUCGUUGGCCUUACUGACACCGUCCUCGAGGAGAAGGCAUCUCCUGCUUCUCCAGCACCAACAGCGAUCCUCGAUGGACACCGAGGCGCUGGACGUCGAAGAGACCGUGGAAUCGCGUCCUUCCAGUCCGAGGAUACGCCUCGAGCCAGCGACGCCUGUUCAACCCCUAACACCAAGCGUCGAAUCGUCGAUAACGCCGAGCAACGGUAGACCGAGGGGCGGAUUCCGUCGUCCGAGUCCUGGUCCGCCGUUGUCGCAGCCGCAAUCGCAAUCGUCGAGCGAGUUCGGUUUGAGCCUCGCCAGGACAGAUUCGGGAGGUCGAACGAACACGGAUCUGUCCGAGACCUCGACCACCGAGGACUACGUCACUGCCAACACCUCCACCGAGACUGGGACCACUACAGGCACCUCCGCAACGACCAGUUCCUGGUCGAGGCCCCCGCAGACGUCCAGCGCCGCGGCGUCCGCCUCGGCGACAGCCACUGCCGCGGAGGGAAGCUCCUUCGAGAGCGCGAGUUCGAUUUACAGUCUUGCUCGUAGCGAGGCUAUCGUUGAGGAGCCAUGCAGUCCACCACCGAUACUGGAGGAAACGGAAAUUCCAUUUGGAAUGGAAGCACCCCCGUCACCGGCCAGAUCUAGCAGCAGCAGCAGUUCGGGCAGCUACGAUCUGAAAGAUGCAAUGAUAGAUCCAGGUCAGGAACUCGAGCAGCAGACUGCACCUCCGAGCGGACACACCUCAGAAACGGAGCUGGAUCGUGACGAAGGUCACCGUUCCUCUUCAGGAGGCUACGCCGAGUCUCCUCCAGACCCUCGCACCUGGAGCGAGGAGGAGCGUCGCAGACGUCGGAAGACCUUCACCCUGGACUUCCUAGGAAGCACACAGGACAUCGAUCGCAGUCCAGAACCAUACGGUGACAGUGCCGAGGUCAGUCCAACAGCGAGUCAUCGGCAUAGACCUAGAGGAAAAUCCACGAGCGCCAGAAGUCCUCACAAGAACAACAGGAAAAGGGAAACCGUUCAACAAACAGUGCAAGUGCAGCAGCAACAGCAGCAAAUCACCAGGAGUCCUCAGAAAGAGGAUUGGCGUGUGGAUCAGGCCGAAGACACCGGUCACAUUCCAACGUCGGAUGAUUCUAGUUGUAGUCAUCAUUACCACUUGCAUCAUCAUCAUCAUCAUCAUAUGCAUCGUGAAGGUGCCGAUGGACGACAUAGGAGGACCAGAGACAGUCCACGGAGGAAGACUACUGGUUAUGUUUCUGCUAGGAGAAGAAGCAAUGAGGAUAAGAACGCGGCCAUAACAGGUAGCCUGCCACGAAGAAGAUCGCGCGCUGCAGACGACAUAAUGUGUUCGAGGUUGAGUCCGGGCCGUUAUCAACGCAGUCCAGGACACAACGGACAACGGGCGGUGAUUGUCGAGUCUCAGAGCCCAGAAGCGAGAUUAAAAGCUCUUUCAGCGGAAUCCUUGAGGUCCGUCAGCCCGGGCAGCGACAGUGUCUUUUACAGCGAGGGCGCGGACCAAUAUCUUGCUAUCAGCGCGCUCGACGCUCCGCAUUGUUAUCACUGCGGCAGAGAGGUCUCGGAAGAGAUCGUUCGACCGCCAGCAGGUUUCGCGGACUCCCCUGAAGGACAUCGAUCCUCUUCGAAGCACGUGUCGGGUCAUAGGCUGUACAAGAAGUUCGACAAGAGGUACCGAUCCGAGGAUCGUGGCGAUAGAAGACAUCGGCGAAGUAGCGCAGGGAGGUCGGACGUUAGGGCGAAAUCGGAAGAGAGGAUCGCUUCUAGAAGAGGAAGCAGGGGAUCCAUCGAUGACACUGCUGCGGGGCGGAAGAGACUUCAUGCGAGGAGCACGGAUGUCAGUUUGGAAAUUCUCACGGGUCGUGAGGACGAGGACAGCUACGUCGAACCCUACACCAGCAGCGAAUGGAUUUACAUCGGUGACCUCGAGGAGAGCCACGUGUGGAAAAGGCCUGACAGCAGAGGUGACGACGACGAGGUUCCGGAAAGUGUCGCUAAAGAGAGGAGAAGCUCUCAGGAGUCGACAGAAAGCGAGAGAAACUUUCGGAAGAAGUAUCAGGCAGCGACGCACAGGAUGGUACAUCGGAAAAGCAGCGGGGAAAUGUAUAAGAGGAUACAAACGAAGAGUUUCGAAUGCGACAAGAGGGUGGUAGUGAAACGAGAGGCCGGCGGGGAGUUCGGUUUCCGCAUUCACGGCUCGAAACCGGUGGUGGUUUCCGCCAUCGAACCCGACACGCCGGCGGAGAGCUCGGGCCUCGAAGUCGGCGACAUCAUAAUGUCGGUGAACGGAAAAAGCGUUAUGGACGCGACCCAUUCGGAAGUCGUCAGGCUGGCACAUUCUGGCACCGACGUCCUUGAACUCGAAGUAGCGAGGACCUGCAACGUGCUGGCACCGAGGGUCGCCAGGCCCGGCACCAAAGAUGGCACCGAGGAGGCGCCGCUUUGUUCUGGAUACCUUUGGAGGAAAUCUGCUACGUCCAAUAACACCGACAAGUGGGUUCGGAGAUGGUUUGCUCUACGACGCGAUAACUGCCUCUACUACUACAAGACUGAUGCGGAUUCACAGCCGGUGGGGGCAGUAAUGCUGAUAAAGUACGACGUGGAGCAAACACCGGAGCUGAGGUUACACAGUUUCGCGAUAAAGAAACAGGGUGCACCGACACUUCGACUCGCGGCCGACUCCGAGGAAGCUGCUGCCCGAUGGACGACAGUCAUCAAGGAAGCCAUUGAGAGAAACGACCAGGUGGACACGUGGCUAGAGGCGUCAAUGAGGAUGCGUGAAAUGGCAGCGUGCGCCAUUCAACGACCCGACUGUUUCGGUUAUUUAAGCAAACAACAAGAACACGCAAGGAAGACAUCAUCGCCGACAGGUUGGUCCAGAAGAUAUUGCGUUCUGAAGGACGCCGCAUUAUAUUUCUACGACGACGCCAACGCGGAGAAGGCGUUCGGUGUCGCCUGCCUUCAUGGCUUCAGGGUGCACAGCAGCGCGCCCACUUCCGGUGGCCGGAAACACGCGUUCGAACUGCAACCACCGGAUCCCACGCAGAGAAGUUAUAUCUUCGCUACGGAGUCCGAAAUGGACAAGAAACGAUGGCUGGCAGCCCUGGAGUACUCGAUCGAUCGAUGGAUAAAGAUUGGUUGACAAAGGCCGACCUACCGUACAAAGAAGCAAAGAAGUCGAAGCAGCGAAGAUCCUCUAAGGUGUCCUUCGUCUCUUCAUGUUUCCGGUUCCUAACGAACAUUGUUGCAAAUCACAAACUCAUCGAUCACCGUCGUCAUUGUCGCUUCGAUUGUCGUUCGCAAAUGCAUCACGUGGAUCAUGUCGCAAAUGCUCUUCAAAUUCGCAGUUCUUCGCAACUCUUCGUCGUCUCGAUAGCAUCCAUGGUAAUUUUUGUUCACGAAAUUUCGUAAGAAUUUCUUUGUAAUUAUCGAGUGCCAAAUAUCUGCCAAGAUUAAACGCAAGAAACCCAUGGGGCUACCAUGCCGAUUUAUUUUAUUCUUCUGAACACUUGAAUUUGCAGCUGCAAAUUUUAUUGCAUACGUUUUAUUGUUAUAACCGUUGAAUUAUUAAACUUUCUUAGAAUAUUGUCGACUUGACCAUUUCGAUUUUGUACAAACUUCUGUAAAUUAUCUAUUAUUGUAUUGUAUAAAUUGCAACUAUUCUGCUGUGUGUUUUGUCGCUCUUCUAACUGUUUAUAUCGCUGAUUAUCACGAAUUUCAUCGAUCUUGUUGUUAAUUAUUCUGAUCACGAUUUUCGAACUUUGCCAGUCUUAUCGUUAGUGUAACGCUGUUUUAUAAUAAUUUCUAAUGAUACUGCAUUUAGCGAAAAAUUAAGUAUAUUCAUACUUAAAGCAACGUUUCUCGAGACAGCUCUUUUAAAGACAUUCAACUUUUUUUUUAUGAAGGAUUUCAAGUACUGGAAUUGAUUUGUAUGAAAGUAAAUAUUUUAUAAUGUCACUGUAUAUGAUUGUAUAUUCGAAAUGUUUACGAAGUUAUUCGAGUGUUGUUAUUCAUUAUUCAAUCGUGUAACAGUACAAAGUUUUUGAUCCGAUAUAUUGUAUAAAAGUGCUGUAUUAAACAUGUAAAGUUU